AUGUCCGAAGAACUCACCAGAGUCGACUCUGCCGUCGCCGGUCUGUCAAUAUCUCCCAAGGAUGAGAAGCUUGAGAAGCCUGAAAAGGUAGAGAAGAAGACACACAAGCGUGUUUCCUCGACGGCUGAAGGAGUCCGGAACAUUAACGACCUGGAAAAAGAGGGAAUUCAGCUGCAAAUAGCAAUCGAAACGCAGAAGCUCAACUGGAAACUCAACACGUCGCCCUCAUCAGUGGAAGACAAGGAAGCUCUCAAGAAAUUCCUCACCACACCACCUGUCAAGAAGAUUGACCUGCACUUCCCAUUGGGCCUGGAAGUCACUGCACGGAAUCUCAAGGGAGUCACGAUCAAAGAUGCCCUUGAUGCAAUAUACAAGCAAUUCAAGAAGAAGGCUGAUGACGAGCUUGACAAACCCAUCCUCGCUGGCUUCGAGUGGGAUCCCGAGGAGUCGUGGACGAGACUGAUUGUACAUCAGAAGAAGGAAGGCGCUCCACCCGCAAGCAAGAAAUCGAAAAAGAAGGCCGAGGAGUAG